AUGCCGCGUGUUGAAUAUGAGCCAAAGCUUGACUUCAAAGACGUCUUCCUCCGACCGAAGCGAUCGACGUUAAAAAGUAGGGCCGAAGUCGACCUUCACAAACAGUAUAUCUUUCGGAAUUCCAAGAAGACUUACAAUGGAGUCCCAGUGGUCGCUUCAAAUAUGGAUACUGUUGGAACCUUCGGGAUGGCAGAAGUACUUGCGAAACAUUCGCUCUUCACCACUAUUCACAAACAUUAUACCGUAGCUGAGUGGACUGACUUUGUUGAAAGAAUAAAUCACGACACACAAAUCAUUUCUCAAAUUGGCAUUUCUUCUGGUAUAUCUCAAGCAGAUUUUGACAAACUGCGUGAAGUGCUUCAUUUGAUUCCUGAAGUUGAUUACAUUUGCUUGGAUGUAGCUAACGGGUAUUCAGAAGUUUUUGUCGACUACAUACGACGGGUGCGAGAAACGUUUCCAACAAGAACUAUAUUUGCUGGUAACGUAGUAACGGGAGAAAUGGUUGAAGAGUUAAUUCUUGCUGGAGCUGAUGUUGUUAAGGUUGGCAUAGGUCCAGGUUCGGUCUGCACUACCCGAAAGAAGGCCGGUGUUGGUUACCCCCAAUUAAGCGCUGUGCUGGAAUGCGCGGAUGCAGCUCACGGCUUGAAUGGUCAUAUAAUGAGCGAUGGCGGAUGUACAAAUCCAGGGGAUGUUGCGAAAGCAUUUGGAGCUGGUGCUGAUUUUGUCAUGCUAGGAGGUCUUUUUGCCGGUCAUGAACAGUCGGGAGGCGAUGUGAUAGAGAAAAACGGGAAAAAAUUCAAGAUGUUUUAUGGUAUGUCUUCUGAUACAGCCAUGAAGAAACAUCAGGGAAGCGUCGCUGAAUAUCGGGCAUCAGAGGGCAAAACGGUGGCUAUUCCUUACAGGGGUGACGUGACAAAGACUAUACAGGACAUUCUUGGGGGAUUACGUUCAGCGUGCACGUACACUGGAGCUCUAAAAUUAAAAGAGCUCCCCAAAAGGGCCACGUUUAUCCGUGUAACACAACAGACAAAUGAGCAAUAUUCAGCUUUUGAGCUCCCAACAUUUGAAUAG